AUGCCACCCCAAGUCGAGCUCACAGGUAUGUCUCAACAGACUGGGACCAGUUGUAUCGACGAUGAUUGGACCGGCAUAAAAGAUAUAGCAAUUAGAGGGAAAUUACAGAAUCGCUUGAAGCAGAGAAUAUACCGUGAGAUCUACUUCUGCGGUUCGUUGGUGUUGGAGUUUGGCCAAAGCCGUAACGCUCCAUCGAAAACUCGUGAAGAUCGCGGAAACGAUCCUUUAAUUGAGGCUUCACAGCUUCGAGAGCGAACGGUCCAUGGUGAAGUCGAAUCCGUUAUCGAUAACGAACCUCCGUGA